AUGUCCUGUAAUGUACCUAUUAGUUUCAUCAUAUUUCUCCUUUACUAUUUAUUAUUAUCAUCAAAUAAUAUAUAUGUGAAAGCGACGAAAGAUUUGAAUAAGAAGACAAGAGAAGAACAAUGGUUAGCAGAUAGAAAUCUAUUUUUGGAUAUUGAUAAUGCCCGUUCGGAUACAAUUGAUAAUAUCACGGAUGCAUUUCUUAGUAUUACAAAUAGAUUAGUAAAAGCUGGUCGUUUAAUGGUUGAAACUAAACGUCGAAUGGUUAUGUUUAUCGAUGAAGUUGCUUUGCAAAAUUUAUAUCAUAAAAUGAGUCGACAUCCGGAACGACUCCUUCCAAAACAAGCAAAACGUGAUCCAGAAGCACUGGUUCGUGAAAAGAUCGAACUAACACAAUUGAAUGAAGCAAAUCCUGCAGAAGCAAAUGCUCAAGGUCCACAGUAG